GGCUGUUGUAGCAAUGAAAUCACCAUGAGAUAUGAGGGAUAUGCCAGUGUAUGCAUGCAUCACUCUUAUAAAAAUAUAGUUAUUGUGCACAGGUGUUGAUCGAGUCUCAUCUAAAACAUUCUCGAAACUGUAACAGUAUAGUUUGGAUAGAUGAAUAUCCGUCCCAAUAUAAAAAUCGUACUACCUCUACUCCGCUACCUUUACAUGACGCUAGCUGCAGACUAAAUGAUUCAGAUUCAGAAAUAGGUACACAUAUAACGUAGAGAGGUGAUCGGAUCGCAUACGAAUCGAUAAGAGUACGAAUAUUUCUCACACAUCAACCCCUAAAUACACACAUACCAGCAUAUGCUGUGCUACAUAUUCACUACAUCACUGUAUCACUAGGCAACCAUGGAGGUCAGCAACGAAACGCCGCAUCGCUCGAAGCGCAACGCAAUCUCACACAAUAUGGGCCACACACCGAAACACCUCACACCCAAACCACACCCUUCAGCUGCACUCAGCAUGGAUCUGUCCAGCAUACAGCAGGUUUUGACCGAGAUACAGAACAAACCUACACGGGUACCCAUAGAGCUGGAACAAGUGAAUGCCGCAUCAGCCAAUAUACAAAACAAUCUGGACAGCGAAACAGAACAUUUCGGUAAACUCAAGUUAAUUCUGAUUGAGCUGGAGACAAAGAACUGCUUUCUCGAGCAUUUGAACGAUUUAAAUGGAAAUUUUGAUGACAAGGAACUAGAGGAGUCGCUAGUAGAGGAGAAAGCAAAAGUCCGGCAUCUGAAACAAGCCAACGAAGUUCAGUAUAAACAAGUGCAGGCUAUGGUGGAGAGCUUAGGCGAGCACUACGAGCCUUGUCGGCAAGAACUGGCUCUGGCGCAAGAGCUGUUGGGAACAACCACAGCACUGCGCGACGAAGUGCGGCAGCUGAAACGACAGACCCGAGAGCCAUUGUACAUAAACGAUGAACAGAUGACCAAAGACAACGCACAGGAUAUAUUGGACGCCCAAAAGCAGAGGAUUGUUGAGCUUUUAGAUAGUGAACAAACGGUCAAGUCAGAGAUUGCUGACUUGCAAUGGCAAAUCACACAGGCAGACGAAGCCAAAGAAAACCUGAGGCAGCAAGCAAACGAACUCAAUACGCAGCUGAUGUCAAUUGAGGUGCAGGAGACAGACGGCGUCUCGGUGAAGACUCUCAGCGAGAGGAAACAAUGGCACGACGAUCUGCUGGGCGUGAUGCGGAAAAUGUCGCACACACGCGCCCGUCUUGAGGACUGCACACUGCAUGUGGACAUAACCAACAUCAAUCCUGUUACCAAUGAAAUAUCCUUAUUCACCCUGACGGUGGUGUUCGGCGAUGAUCUGGAUUGGCUUGUGUCUGCUACGCUCACACCUGCUGAACAGGUCAACAUAAACCCCAUCGUCCGUGAGGCUAUCGCUACAAACGAUGUUGUGUUUCUGAUCCAAGAAGUCAAGCACCACAUACAGUUCAUUACUGCAAUCAAUACAGAGGUGCAGAGGUUAGCGGAAAUAUUUCCGGUGGAGUGGAGUCCGCAAAGUCAACGCGCCUCUGUCACAGUCAAAGAUGGCCGGGUGGUGACGAUGUUCAUCCAGGAUGCUGUUAUUCGACGGGGAUACACCGUACAGGUGUGUAGCAUCCGACCGGGAGUUGGCGGAGAUGUGAGCAAAAUAGUAGCUGGCAUGCAGCAGCAACUGGUUAGUGCUGGGGCGACGGAUGAUCUGGGGGCGUGCGUAAGAUUACUGUAUAAGUAAAUCUCUGUACAAGUAUAUAAUUUCCAAAUAGAUAUAGGCAGCGAGGCGACUCGCUGUAUGAUACGGACUUCGGUAUGAAGUACUGGCGAUACUGCAAUACUUUGAGCUGGUGAGGAGAACGUUGGAUAGCAGGCAUCAACUUGAAAGGGCGGACAUGUGACAUACAAUCCACAGCAUGCUGGCAAAAUUGGCUGUUGUUCAUAAUUCCCUAAAUCCUAAUAUUCACGUGUACCGACGUCGACAUCGAUAUAGUAAUCAACUCAAACAAAUAAAUCAAUAAAGGUGAAGGUGGAAACCCUUUCAGCUUUAUGGUCAC